AUGUCAGACAUUCUUCAUCGAGAAGAGAAAUAUAAUGAAGCUAUCGAUAUUCAUCGUCAAGCAGUAGCAAUAGAAAAGAAACGUUAUCCAGUUGAUUAUAUGAUUAUCGCUUACAUUUUUUCUACUAUGGGUCAUAUUUACUCUGAACAAGGAAAAUAUGAAUCUGCUUUAGAAUUCCAACAGCAAUCGUUGGCAAUACUAAAACAAUACCUAUUUUCUGGUCAUCCUGAUCUUAACUGUCUUUUGAAUAACAUUCAUUAUCUUCUUUGUAGAUUAGAACAGCUUAAUGAUGCUAUAGAUUAUCAUCGUCGAGCACUUGCUAUGCAUGAGAAAUAUUAUCCAUCAUAUCAAGCCAGCGUAGCAUAUACAGUUACUCUUAUCGAAAAUGUUCUAAGCUACCAAGUGGAAUACGAAGAGGCUUUAUGCCAUCAUAAGCAAGCAUUGAUGAUGCAAAAGAACUACUAUCCAACGGGCUAUAAAGCUUUAGAAAUUCAGGAGAAAUAUUAUCCUUCAGGAUAUGUGAAUAUUGCUACAACGCUCAAUGAAAUCGGUUGGUUACUGCAAGAUGAAAAGAAGUAUGAUGAAGCAUGUGAAUUUUAUGAAUAA